CUGGGCUAGAGGUAUUCUUUUUCCUGUCAACGUAAAAAAAGAGGAAGACAGUUGACACGGUGCACAUAUACAAAGUAGUUUUGCAACUCAAAGAUUGAUUGUACAUUAUAUCCUUUUUUUUUUUAAAGAAUCUUAGGAUUAUUGUGCACUGAACAAUGGCACAAGAAGUCGAAGAAACUAUGAAACGAAUUCAAUCUCAUAAGGGAGUGGUUGGAACAAUAGUAGUAAAUGCCGAAGGUAUUCCAAUUAAAUCAACGUUAGACAACACAACUACGGUACAAUAUGCGGGCUUAAUAAGUCAGUUGUCAGACAAAGCCCGUUCUGUUGUACGUGAUUUGGAUCCGACUAAUGAUUUAACCUUUUUACGCAUACGUAGCAAAAAGCACGAAAUUAUGGUUGCGCCAGAUAAGGAGUUUAUACUGAUAGUAAUUCAAAAUCCAGUCGAUUGAUGUUUGAAACAAGUGUUUUACAAAAAUAAGAUAUUAUAUUCCUUAUUAACUUAUUCUCUAUGUAUUGCAUUUGAUUCUUAAUAUUCCAUUAAGUAUCAUAGAAUAAAACUCAUAUGUGUAACACACAUUUAUAGCUUUUUUAAGCUAAAAUAGAGAAAAAUUGCAAACUUUAA